AUGGCAUACUCAACCUCGGGAGAUUGCGGCUUCUUCGUCGAGUCCGACGAGCCUCGUCAACAGCCCCGGAUCAGCAUGAAGGAUGCGGCAAAGAUGUUGGCACGUAACAGACAAGAAAUGAUUGCCAAUGAAUUGUCCCGUCUGGCCGGAGAUGAAUAUCUGGAGGAUGUAAUGCAACAUAUGAGGCACAUGGAGGACGAGACGUUGCCGGAUGCUAAUCUAAUUGAUAUGCAACGGGAGAUUCAGUGGUUCAUGAGGCCCUACCUGAUCGACUUCUUGAUCGAGGCCCACGCUGCCUUCGCACUUCUUCCCGAGACCCUGUUUCUGACUGUUAACCUGCUAGACCGAUACUGUUCUAAGCGAGUAGUCUACAAGCAGCACUACCAACUUGUCGGAUGUGCGGCCCUUCUCAUCGCUGCCAAGUACGGUGACAAGAAGGAUCGUGUGCCCCAGAUCAACGAACUGAACAAUAUGUGCUGUGGAUUAUACGACUCUGGAAUGUUCACUCAGAUGGAGAUGCACGUUCUCAACACGCUUGAAUGGACUAUCGGACACCCUACUGUUGACUUCUUCACCCAGUUGAUCGUUGCCGAGGAGGCUGAUGACCGAGAGGUUGAGCAUAUGGCCGCUUACCUCUGCGAGAUUGCCUUGUACCACCGAGACUUCGUUUCCACCAAGCCCUCGAUUAUGGCGCGUGCCUCGCUUGCUCUUGCCCGUGCGAUAUUGGGACGACCGGAGGUCAACGAUGGAGAAUGGGACCACCUGGAGAACGUCACCGUCCUCGCCCUAUCCCAGCACUUGCACCAACCAUCGGUCACGCUGUCGAGGAAGUAUUCGUCGCAGCACUUGUCCCGCGUUUCUGGAAAGCUUGCCGAAUUCCUUGCCCAGCAGGCGGCUAUCGCCCGUCGAGCGCAAGGACCGCCGUCCCCUCCAGCUGAAUCCUCCCUGUCUGCGCACUCUAGCAUCUACAGCACUCCCCAAAAGGGACACGGCGCUGCUAUGGGUGUCGCGGAUGGGUAUCUCACACCGCCUAUCACGCCCGACGGAGUCAACUUUGGCGUCGCGGAUCCGAUGAACAAGUAUGUCCCGCCUCGUUGCCCAGUUACUCCCACUCCGCAGCCUCCCAGCAUGACCGGGUAUCCUCAACAACCACAACCACAACAUCAACAACACGCGCAGCAAUACUCCGGCUACUCGUAUGACGAAUACAGUGGCCCGAUGGUCUCGUAA